AUGAUGAUGGUCGAACAUGUUGAAAUGCAAAGAAAUAAGGAUAACAAUAUUGAAAAUAGAGAACAAAUCGAGCAUGAAAUGAAGAGAGUUUUUGGUAAAAGUGCUGAAAAGAUCAUCUGGUUGGAAACUGAGGGUCUUGUUGAAGAUCAAUGCUCAUAUCGAGGACUCAUUCCAGGCACUGAAUUAUUGGCAUCUUAUGGUACUGGAGGACACAUUGACGAGUGGGCUAGAUUUGCCACUGAGAAUACCAUUCUCCUUGCCUAUGUACCAGUUCACUUGAAUGAUUGUAUCUCUGUUGAGAAUAGAAAGAGACUCGAGCAAAACUAUGAACUCCUCAAAAAGCAAACCAAUCUCAAAGGAGAACCAUUCGAAAUUAUCAAAGUUCCAGUUGGACCACACAUUGUUAUGGAUCUCAAGAAGGGUGACUCCUGUUUCGAUACAUUACAGGAAUUGGAAUUUGAAGAUGGACUUGUUAUGCAUGAUGACCAAACUUACAAGUACAUUAUUGCCUCGAGUUAUUUGAAUUUCUUAGUGAGUAAUAAUACUGUUCUCAUCUCCAAAUAUUAUCGUGAAGGUCUUCCCCAACACGUUAAAGAUUCUGAUGAAGAAGCUCUUCAAAUAUUUAAGCGAGUAUAUCCAAAUCAUGUAAUUGUUGCAAUUUCAACUGAAGCUAUUAACAUGGGUGGAGGAGGAAUGCACUGUAUCAGUCAACAAAUGCCUUCACUUUAG